GGCAUAAAUUAACAAAAAUAAAAAGUAGAAUAAAAAGAAAAGUUUUUAUUGCCAUUAAGAGAUUAUAGUAUUAAAACAAACAAACAAAAUAAUAAAACGAAAAAUGACAAAAGUUCUCGAAAUGACAUUUUUAAUUCAUCUGCUAGUUUUGCAUUUAACACCGACUGUGUUCUCUUCGUCACAUUACGGUCGUGCUCAGAAAGUGAAACACUAUGCUGGUGGCACUUCAUACCAUCAUCCCACAGAUGUUGUAGCAACUUCUCAUCCCACCGAUGCCAUUCUACACGCUGCCAGUGCUCGUCAGCGCAAAGUAGAACAUCUGGAUAAUGUUAGCAGCAAUCUGUAUGCCAUGAUUGAUAAUCCCGCCAUGUCUGAGGAAUACUUGGAUCCAUUCAAUGAACAGCAGCAGCCGCAACAGUCAGCCGACAACACAUUGAUUGUCAAUCAUCAACAGAUGAGUACGUGUCAGACGGUGUGUGCCUGCAAGUGGAAGGGCGGCAAACAAACUGUGGAAUGUAUUGAUCGUUUGCUUUCCAGGAUACCCGAAAAUAUAGAUCCCUCUACGCAGGUUUUGGAUAUGUCGGGCAACAGACUGCAGACCCUGCUCAACGAACAGUUUGUACGCGCCAAUCUUUUGAAUUUGCAAAAGCUUUAUUUGCGCAACUGUCGCAUAGAACACAUAGAGCCGCAAACAUUUAAAGGUCUCACGAAUCUGGUGGAAUUAGACUUGUCUCAAAAUCUUUUGGCAUCAGUACCCUCAAUGGCUCUGAGCUACAUAUCAUCUUUGCGGGACUUGACUAUAGCUUCGAAUCGCAUACAAAAGGUGGAACCUAAUGCCUUUGUCGAUACACCGGCCUUGCACAAACUGGAUCUGUCUCACUGCGACAUACAACAGAUAGCUCCUCAGGCAUUUGAGGGUUUGGAGGGUCUCACACUGUUGCGUUUGAAUGGCAACAAGUUGAGUGAGCUGGUGCCCAAGACCAUAGAAACCUUGAGCCGUUUGCAUGGCAUUGAGUUGCACGACAAUCCUUGGAUGUGUGAUUGCAGACUGCGUGAGGCCAAAUUGUGGCUAAUGCAAAAGAAUAUACCCUAUCCGGUGGCUCCAGUAUGUGCGGGUGGUCCCGAACGUGUUUUGGAUCAAACUUUUGCCGAACUAAGCAUCGAUGAUUUUGCCUGUAAGCCCGAGCUGUUACCCUCCAAUCAUUAUGUUGAGGCGACUAUGGGUGAAAAUGCCUCAAUAUUGUGUCGAGCGAAAGCCAUACCAGCACCCACUGUCAAUUGGUAUUGGAACGGACGCCUGCUAACCAACAACACUGCCUUUAGUUCCCACCAACGACUGCACAUUUUCGAACACGGUGGCUUUGAGAAAACCUCACGCUUAGUGCUGACCAAUGCCCAGGAAAUCGAUUCCAGUGAGUUCUUUUGUGUUUCGGAAAAUCGAGCCGGCUCUUCAGAAGCCAACUUUACUUUGCAUGUUAAGAUGAGGGCUGCUGGCAUGGCCUCUUUGGGCAGUGGUCAGAUUGUGGGCUUAAGCGCUGCUUUGGUGGUGCUUAUAUUGUUUGUUUUACUGUUUGUCAUGUUCUUGCUGAUGAGGCUAAAGCGGGAACCUUACAAUAACACUAAAACUCCCAAUCACAUGGAAGUGAUUACCAGCAUUAACCAACAAAAUAUGAUUAUCAACAAGACCCAAGCUAAUGGCACUGCCAAUUCAAACAACUCCACUAUGGGUGAUGUGAAAACAACCGAUGAAACCAUAAACAUAGAUAACUUGGGAGCGGAAAAUGCCAAUCCUUUGCAGAAACCACCACGACUAACUGAUAUGGCUUAUGCCACAAGUAGUUACGAUAAGUCGGGCAGUGUUUUGGUGACUGCCCCCUGCUUCAUUUCACCCACUGCUUCGGCUGGCAACAAUCCUGAUUUGAUAAACGACACCAAACGCUAUGAGGGAGAGGAAUUCUCGGAUCUAAAGAUUCCACCCAUACUAACGAAAGCCUUGGCCACAGAUCUGGCUAGUUUGACCACCAACGGCGAGUAUAAACGGGCGGGUGGCUGUGAUUCUCUGUACCCCUCGGGUUUAUGGGAAGAUAUAACCUCAGUGACCUGUACUUCGUCUGCGGAUGAUUUGUUCCUACGUCGUUAUUCCGAUAAAACACCCAUAAUGGAUGCCACUCAGCUGUAUGACAUGCAUGACGGCAGCACCAGUAACGACAAUUUCAGCAAAACUUUUCCACGCACCAGCUUCAAUCACAAUCUGCAGUCCAAUGAUGGCAGCUGCAAUAUAAACACCGAAUCUACCGCCUCCACCACCACCACCAAUCUUUCCAAUUCCGGCUCUGGCAUUGUAAUGGGUGGCUAUCCCAACGAUUAUGGGCUGCCGGUGGUGCCCGGAGCCGAACUACAACUCAAUCAUCAUAUGCAAAUGAAUUCGUUGCAGAAACAACUAUUGGGCGGCACUUUGGGCAGAUGCAGUGUUAGCAAUCCUCUGAGUAGAGCCACCCUAAUGUCCAGUAAUAAUUCCAGCAGCAGCAACAGUAACAGUCCACCAUUUACAAGUCGAACGCUGCCACGACAAAAGCCCACAACCAGCUAUGAUGCCAACAGUUCUAGGAGCUCACCGGUACACAAUAAUGUCUUAAUAAAUCCAGCCUCGGUGAAUGCCAAAACGAUACGAGUGUGGCAAAAGGGGGGAGUACCCGUUCUGCCACCCGUCACCGCCAUCAAAAGAGCCUUAAUCAGCACGAGUCGCAAUUCGCCCGAUGAAGGCUAUCAAGAGGGCUGUGGCACCGAUGUGUAAACACUAUUAAACAAAUUAAAAACUUUAUCUCAACUUUCCUACUGUACAAGUUAAGCAAGCAAAAAAAAAACAAACAAAAAAAACGACAAAAAUUUAAAGUAAUGAAAAACUAAAAGUAAAGAAAAACAAUUCAAAAUACGCUUUGUAAAUGAAGGUAGAUGAUGUUUUCGCAGCAUCUCAUUUGCGCCUGACUGAAUUUAGUUGCAUCUACUUCAUCAUCGAUUACGAUACUUGUAUAAGCAAUAAUAAUCUCUAAACUUAAGUAUCAUCAUCAUUAACAUCACCAUCAUCA